CUUGGCUCCUUCCACCGCCCCGACUCCCUGAGAGUGCCCGCAUGAUAGUUUGAUACGGACGUACGGUGCCGUAACAAGCAGUUGAAAGGCGCACGCGACUGGACCGCGCCCACGGUACAUUGCAAUGACCAUCUACGUCACAUAGGUAGCCCUCACCCGCACCCAACUCUUUUGGGGGAACUGUCGAGAACCUCGAGAACGCCGAGAAUCCAUGCGCCGGCCAAGGGGCAACCACCAAUUGGCCCCGGCGAACGUUGCGAAUCGAAUGCAAAUUCCGACCGAAGACACGACGAGAGCGUCGAGAGCGUCGAGUGUGGAGGGCAAAUGGUCGGGCCAUCCACCAUGCUAAGCGCCUCGGCGACGCCCACGCAAAAGUCCUAUGUAUCGCAGCAACAGUCGCCGUUACGCCAGCAGCAAGGACAACAGCAAGGACAGCAGCAGCAGCAGACACAACAGCAACAACAGCAACAACAGCAACAGCAAGUGGGCAGCUAUGCAUCCACUAUUUCAAACCCUCGACCUAGCCUCGACCGCGGUGAUGGACUGCAACCUCCAGGCGCCAAUGCUGGCAGGAAUCUCUCGGCCUCUGCCGUUACCUUUGCGUCCAGGGGUGGCUCGUUGAACCCGUCACCCAUGCCGGGGAGCUUCAGCUCUGAGCUCCGGAGUCAGCUUAAUCUUUCCCGCGCUGGUUCGCGAGCCGACAUGUUUGCGCUGGAGAAACUGGACGAGGACGAUAACCGGACACAAGAGCGCAACAUUGCCUACCUUCGAGAUGUCCUGAGCCGAGAGUUGAAGAUAAAGGAAGGGAGCGAGAAUAUGCUGGAGGCACUGAACAGCAAAAAGGCAAAACAAACGAAGGAGCAGCGUCAGAGGGUCGAAGCCGAGCUUCUUUCGUCAAGUAAACGGAUCAAGGAUUUGCGACAGAGGAUCACGGAUGCUCAACAAAGGACAAAAGCGAAACCAACAACACCUACGAGGUCCAGAAUCGAUGUCACGAUAGCGGCUGGAAGUAGUUUGCGGUCACCGCCUAGUCUUUCCAGGAGCGGGGCUGGAUCUGACAUUGAUGAGCCGACCGAGUCUCCAACAUUUGCGCUUGCCGAAACUCUGCAAGCCCUUGAGGUGGCCGGCAUGACGCCAGAUUACUAUGUCUCCAGAGCCAAUAGUCUCGUUGACUUGUUCAGGAGGCAUCCAACUCUCAAGUAUGAUCUGGUCUGGUCUGUAUUCGGGCUUCGAAUGCAAGCGCUCCUCAUGAGUGAAAGUCGCGAGGUGGUUGCUGCUGGUUACCGGAUGACUCGAUACGCCAUCUCUGAUAUUACUUCACUCCAGAAUAUCCGUACCCUUAACACGGAUUACCUAGUCACAUGGUCUUUGGCAAAAGACCGAAAGUCUGAUGUUGAACGAGAGCAGGCACUCAAGUUUGUUCGCGCUUUUCUUGAUGUCAAGGAUGGUGUGAGGGAAAUCUCACGGGCCGUAGUCAGGGCCAUUGCUGCCGUGGCAGAGGAGCCAGAAGAAAGGCUACGGCCGAUUUGUCUGGAGACGCUGGCGGAAAUUCUGGUUCGCGACCCUCGUCUCCUCAUAGCCUCGGGGGGGCUGGCCCCGUUACACGAAGCUCUUGCGGACGGGUCAUACAAAGCCUCAGAAAGUUUGACCGCAGCGUUUCUUUACCUCCUCGAUGCGCCAGAGCGGCGUCAAUAUCUCCGCCCCGGGAAUGAGUUGGAGGUUCUUUUCACGGCAUUUACAGACGAGCUGUCAUCCAAUGAGCGCAUUCUCAAGCAAAGCGCCAAAGCUAUUUCGUCAGCCCUCAAAUCAUGGUCUGGUUUAAUGAGCCUGUCCAUGUACAACUUCCGUGCGAUCAGGUCUAUGAUCAACAGCAUGGUCGCACAAAAAGGAUCUAUCAGAGAGACCAUCAUGGAUCUGAUAUUUUCCCUGUUGCGAAUCAAAUCCCCAGCGUGGGCAACUUCGUUUCUUGCCGGAAGACGUCUCACCACCUAUGGCCGGGUCACAAACCUCAAAACAACCACCACCACCACCACCACCACCACCAAAGCCGCCCAUGGUGAAUACGAAGACGACGGGGGCGAGCAAAAUUUCGUCGAACACUAUACGGCACUGUUGCUUGCCAUAUUUAUCAAGUCCGGAGUGGUGCCAGGCCUCCUGAAAAUGACACAAGACAACGAAAACCCAACUCUAAAACGAAAAUCAACGUUACUUCUAGGGGAAGUUUUGAAGUUGGCAAGUCACCUGCUUCCACGCUCGUGGAGCAGUGAGAUACAGCUGCUUCCUGAAUUGUUUAUCACCGCUGCCCGGCUGGGGGACGAGAAUCGAUUCACGGCCUCUGGAGUCAUCUUUCAGAUCAGCAGCGUGAGCAGAACGUUGUACAGAUCCUCUCCCUCGUCCUUUCUCCCUUCUCCAAGCAACAAUAUCGAUCUCAGCAUCUUGGAUGAGCACCCCAAAAGCAAUACGGCAGCGGUCAACUGUGACGAUGCCACGUUCAGAGUGCUUCUCCUUGAUUCGGUGGUGCUGAAUAGUUCUAACUACAAUAAGUGGAAUUGGGAUGUAAUACUUAAGCUGAUUGAGGGACCGCUGGUGAAUGGAAAGAGGCUUGAAGAGGCCGUGAAAGCAUCCAAAUUCUUGAAACGAAUCAUGAGCUUUUAUCGUCCCUUCAAGUACAGGUUCUCUGCCCUCAAGAGCUCGCGAAGCACGCAAAAGUAUGUGCGGGCUGGCUGUGCGCUGAUGCAUACUCUGCUGCAGAGCCCUGAAGGCGUGAGGUAUCUGACAGAUAACAAACUGCUGCGGCAGAUUGCCGAGUGCCUGGCGCAGUGCGACCCAACGAGUGGAUUAACAGCUCAGGAUCCCAUGUUCUCCCGGGACGGCCUCACAGAUACGUUGAGUGGCGGAUACUUCCCUAUGCUUGGUGUUCUGAGCGGGGACCCCAAGGGCAUUCAGAUGUUAGACCGGUGGCGCAUCUUCAACAUGCUUUACCGAAUCGUCGAUCUCAAGCAGCGGCCAGACAUCAUCAAGCUCAUGAUCUCCAACUUUGAUUAUUCAAUUCAGGGUCAUUCUCGAAUUAUUUUGUCCAAGUCCUUGACAGCAGGGACCAAGGACAUCAGAAUUCAUGCUACGAAUGCGCUGCGGAAGUACGCAACACGUCCGCGGUUGGACUCCCAAGGCCAUGAGCCUGUUGACUCGAAAUGGGCCAUCCAACUUUUGGUCACUCAGCUUUAUGACCCAGAAGUGGAGGUCUGCCAAACGGCGGUCAAAAUUCUCGAAAAGGCGUGCAAUACUCAAAACCACUUGAAAUACAUUGUCGAGUGUCGGCCGGCACUAGAUCACUUGGGUGAGAUAGGUGCUCCCCUCCUCUUACGCUUCCUAUCGACCUCGAUUGGGUAUCACUACCUCGAUGGGUUGGACUACAUUAGCAAUGAGAUGGAUGAUUGGUUCCUCGGGCGAAACGACUCCUAUGUCGGUGUCAUUGAAGCCAGUCUAGCGCGAUCCUUCAUGGACCAUCAGGACGACCACACCAACCGAAUAAGCGUCUUUGAUGAUGAGCAGGAGAUGGAGGCCGACAGCCACGUUCCGCCACACUUCUACCGUGAGCUUACCCGCACCCAAGAAGGCUGCCGGCUUCUUAGCGAUAAGGGUCACUUUAGCGAGUUUGUCACCACGAUUCGCGAGCAUGGCAUGCAAUCCGACGACCCAGAAAUGAUGGUCAAGGUCAAAGGUUGUCUUUGGGCGGUAGGUAACGUCGGAUCAAUGGAGCUCGGCGCCCCGUUCCUGGAGUCUUGCGAUGUUGUGGAGCAGAUCAUCAACAUUGCUCAAAAUCACGAAGUCAUGAGUCUCCGCGGCACUGCUUUUUUUGUCCUUGGACUCAUAUCACGUUCCAUUCAUGGACUGGAGAUCUUGUCGGAAAAUGGGUGGGACUCCAACACAAACAUUUUGGGGCAGUCUCUCGGCUUCUGCGUCCCUACCGAGUUGGACCAGCUGUUUUCUCUCAAGCCCUGGAAGCACAUACCGGUAACCAACAUUCAACUACCUGAUGCCCAAAAGACAGAAAGAGAGAAACUGCCAUCUGUCCCGUCCCGCCCGAGGUCGCUGAGUCUUAUCAAGGCUAUCCAAGCAGAGGCAGAUGCCCAGGAAGACACGCCAACAGGGUCGGUGCCGGACGAGAUCCAGCGCGUUGAGCUAGAUCCGGACCCGGUAAACCAGAGGAUUCUGGAGCUGAUGAUUGACAUGGCGAACAUGGUGCUGUACCGGAGGGCGAGGGCAGAGUUGAUGCACAUCAAGCAGCAGACGCAAGUGAGGCAUCAGCAAGCUCAGGCACAAACGCAGCCGCAGACACCAACGCAGAACAAUCAGAAAAGAGUUCUUGGGAGUGGGGCCUCGUCGUUUUCACAGCCACACUUGUUUAGAAGGGUCAUGGGCUUAUUGGAGUCCCAUCACUACCGCUUGCAGGAUAGGGCGAUGAUUGUAGGGUUAUUUGAACGGAGCGUGUUUAGGGCGAUAGUAUAUGGGGAUGAAGACAGUCAGGAAGAGAGGGGAAGCAGUGAGAGUGAAAGUGAUUCUGACUUUGGAGAUGCAAACCAGGCGGGCGUGGGUCAGAGAAGGCAGGGGUUUGUUAUGCAGCGGGAUCAGCAACACCUACAGCAGCAGCAGGAGCGGAAUAAAGAGGAGGGGAGCAGUGGGGAGGAGAGUAGUGAUGAAGAGGAGGAUGAGAGUGACGAAGAUGAUGCUUAUAGUGGAAGUGAGGGAGAUGAACAGAGGACGGAACGGCUGAGGAGUGUGAGCGAUCCCGCGGGAGGCAGCACUACCAGGAAACAUGGAACGGGGAGGGGGAGAGGUGGCACUCAGGGGGCGUUCUGA